AUGACGUCUUCGACUUCUGGAGCCAUGAGUUUAAGAAAAUUGUUUAUGCUUCUUGUAUUUAUGGAGGCGGUGCAGAUCUGUUCGGGAGUCCGUGCUGCACUAAGGCUUCGGAAAAAGUCAAAUUCAGAGAAUGAUUCAGAGGAUGAAGAGUAUCAGGAUGAGAUGUAUAAUGAUGCGAUUUAUGAUAAGGCAUCGAUUUUUGAGCAGGGCGAAACCCACGACUUCCUUCAAUUCCUCCGUUCCAUCAAAUACGAUCAUCGCCAGGUGCCCGACGACGGUUACGACGGCCCAGUCCAUGUGAACGUCUCCAUAGUCGUCAGUAACAUUCGAUCGGUGUCUGAAGUCACCAUGGACUACUCCAUCGAAAUGUUUUAUCGAGAAUCGUGGCGGGACCCAAGGUUGACUUAUAGUCGGGAGAAGUUUAAAAACAAGACCGAGAUCUCGUUGCAUGAGAGCUAUUCGAAUUUCUUAUGGCACCCGGAUACCUUCGUGCCAAACGCGAUAUCCUCGAAGAACCCGAGAAGACAAUCGAUUACACAUAGAUCGCUACUGAGACUCCGCAACAACGGCAGCAUACUGUACAGUCGGCGGCUCUCUUUAAUCCUGACAUGUGGCAUGGACCUAACCCUGUUCCCUUUUGACACCCAGCUAUGCAAAAUGGGUUUUGAGAGUUACGGGUACACCGCGGACAAAGUCAAGUACUUCUGGUCGUCUGGAGUCAUACAAUCCUUGAAGCUCCACAAAAUUCGGCUCCCCGAUUUUCAAGUGAAGGAGGCCUAUGUUACGAGUAGAGUGGAGAGUUAUGCGACGGGUGACUACUCCCGACUGUAUGUCUGCUUCGUUUUCAAUAGAGCCGCCGGGUUUUGCUUCCUCCAACUAAUUAUCCCUUCCACUGCAGUCGUUAUCACAUCAUGGGUGUCUUUGUGGAUGGAGAAUGAGACUUCGUUCCAGGACAUGAUAUCUAUCAUCCUUACUAUAACCUUCCUGUUAUUCUCGUAUAAUGAAGUGAUGCCCCGUGUUAGUUAUAUCAAAGCGAUGGAUGUGUAUUUAGGUGUCUGUUUCUGUAUAGUGUUCCUGUCACUGAUUAAGCUGGCAGCGGUGAAAUAUAUGCGGCAGAGAUUGCUGAUUACGAGGUGGGUGUUUUGA